CUUUUCAGGCCACCUCAGACCGUUGUCGGACUGCCACUUUAUGUUCAACGGAGCCUGGCUCGACCAGUAAUUCACUAUGGUGUUUCGCUUUCCCGACCUGCCUCGCGAGCUUCGCGACCGUAUUUACGGCUACGCUCUCGUUUAUGAAGCCAUUGAUAUCAACGUGCAGAUCUGCGAGUCAGAUAAGCCGGUGCCCAAAGACCAUUACACGGGAAAUCCUAGGAAAAUCAAAUGUGCCCAAGCCCCGUCUCGCAGCUCGUUUGCUGUUCGAGUUCGCCCGGAAACAGAUGCGGAUAGGCUGAAGCGGUUGUCGCGACGAAGGCCGUUCUUUGACAGAGAAUGCCGUAUUCACAAGCAUGAGCUACUGACAUAUGUUCAAAAGGCGGAUUCGAUGGCUUGCGAAAAGGGCUGCCAUGGCGAGAAGCAUGACAGGGAUCCUUGUGGGCAGUGUGAAAAGUGCAAGGAGAUGCGCGAGGAGCGGAGCACGAGUGGAAAUCCCGAUUCUGAUAAAUGUUGUCGGGAAUGCAAGCCUGGGGUCCAACUUAGCUUGCUUUCCGUCUCAAAGCAGGUGUAUCAAGAAGCCGCCGAAAUCUUCUACAGGCGAAACAAGUUCUUCUUCAGCGAUAACCUAACCGGCUGGCCUGAUUCAGCCUGUCUGGCAUUCUUGCAUGAUCAUCCGACCUGGGCUUUGGAGAGAAUCCGAGGACUCGGGUUACGCAUUAACACAACACAUUGCAGUUGCCAUCUUCCUAUUUCCGAGAAUUGGUCGUUGUUGGUAUCGAAGAUCCGGAAUUUGCAAUUGGACCAUCUGGAUUUCAGUGCAAGGGCAUACUUUGACGAGGAUGAUUAUGUCGAAAUUGACACGGCAUUUGAGCAUUCUAAUGAAAUACUUUCCUCUGAUUGGAUAUUGGAGUUGCCUAGCGAUGAAACCCAUUGGGAGGAAGGGCACUGGAAUCCCCCACCCGACUGGAUCGCCGAAAUACUGGGUUCCGGCAUCAAAGUCAAGAGGCUGGGUUUAAAGAUGCAGGUGGACCGGCCGUCUGGAGUGGAAUGGUACUUGAAAAAUUACAAAAACGGCGAGGAUGAUGGGACGCUUUCGAACUUGAGGCAGCUAGUGAUAAAGUUGAGGCAGACCUUGUUGAAGAAUGGAGAGCUGCUAGGUGAAACGGGGCUGAGGAUUCUGAAGUUCUGUCCGCACAAAGAGUGGCCAUACAUGAACGCCUUCAAAUGCUUUAGCGACGAUAAAGGAACGAGCCUCUCAUUUCGAAUUCUUGGCGACGAUGACUGGGAUGGGUCAGAAGAAUGGGUCCCUUGGUCAGAUGGCCUGGAAGAAAGUGCUGCGGAUGCCCCCUUACUGACAACUGGCCUGGAGUUCGAGAUGUUGUGGGCUGAGCACGAGGCCGCAAACAAGAUCACUUCCAAUACUGCUUACUGGCCGGGCUGGAAUACAGGCGUCGGUCGUUGGGUGGGCAUGAACGGUGGCGAUGCCGAUUGGACUCAACUGAAAUGA